AUGGCAAGUGUUUUACCGGUCUGCAAUCGCGACAACGCCUCCAGCCAUACACCGUCGCCCGAGGCUGAGCAACGGACUGAUUUGCAGCCGAUGCAGUGGAUGUCUGCAUUCCGGUCGCCUAGAAACGCGCUCCACGCCGGUUCUGGCAAUUCGCUCUUUCCGUUCACAGCCGACGCGAUGGGCACACUGUGUCAACUGGUCGUUGUCGUGCCGACUGUGGCAGAAGAGCGUGUGACAACAUCGGCGCAAAGGGUGCGCAACAGCAACCAAAACGGGCUGUCUGCAAGCAGCCUCGCAUGGUUGCCUCGUGGUUGUCUCGAAAGGCGACAUCCUUUCGCCAAAUCACACCUUUCACACAAAUCAUGCAUCACACGUUGGCGUGAGUGGCCAGUCGCUUUAGCAACCGUCCGACCGAGCAAAGUUGGCCGCGUUCCCUGCACAAUCGCGUCACUUCCAACUCGCCCACAUCGUUCGACCAUCCACGAGGCGAGUCUGUACCGACUUGCGGCUGUCAUGACGACGAGGCCGAGGCACAACGUAACUCCAUUUUGGCACAUCAGCGAUUGUGGAAUAGGCACUUGGUCAGGUCAAGUUGCUUCCAACUUUACUGUCGUCUCGGUCUGCUUUCCUCCUUCUAGCUCGUCUUCACAAUUUGGAGAGCCAGAUUUACACACGUCACGAGAAAGUGCGCGUCUCGCAGCGUCUCCUGGCGUGAGAUUGUUUGUAAAGACUUUACUUGAACAUGGAAAGGCUCGGCUGAUUUGCGUCCUACUUCAACCAUUUGGCGGCUUUUGCAAGAAUGAACGGCAGCUCUGA